AUGGACACCACUUCACAGCGAGGUGCCAGUACUUCUGUCGGCACGUCGCAGGAAGAGCGGGACCGCAAUGUGUUGCGUCUCGCUCCAGAAAAGAAGGCAUGGAUGCCUCCUAAAUCUGUCAUGGAUCACUUGUCGGCGACGACGAGUGAUCGUUAUCGAACACGAUUGUUCGAUUCGUCAAGGAUUCAUCACCUUGACCCCAGCGCGAAAGACUAUCGCGCUGAACAUGAAUUCUUCAUCGAUGCUUUCUUCAGACAUCGAUGGUACAGUGGGAAUCACAAACGUGAUGGUCCCUCACUACUUCAGGCGUGGAACGCCUACAUCCAUAAUCUCGAGGAUGUAGGUCGUGACGCUUGGAACGACAAACUUAUCAAAGCUCGUGAUAAGUUUGAAAAGCGAACCCCGACAGGUGCACGCUACAAGCUGCAUCGUCUGUCAAGGGAGAAAGGAUUACCCUGCCUCUCUUGGGGAGACUCGUGCCCAUGUUGUGUGAACAACUCUGCACGAGCACCUAAGGAGGCUUACCUCCUUACCAGCCCGUGGUGGCGUGUACGUGUCUCUACUGAGAUGUACGAAGGGAUUGACAACCUGAAAUCCCUUUACGACCGUGCCGGGAAGACUUUCUCCGGCGGUCCUUCUGCGGCACAGGAUGUGUCGCGUCGUACUGCUCGACCAGACCCAGUACGUCAACCAUCAAUUGGGAGCGGGGCUCCCAAGAAUCCCAGGACGGGGGAUAGCCGCGCCACCGGACGAGGUAACUCGUCCGACGUCCGUUCACGUCGCGGUGGUUCAACAGCUGCUCUACUAGAUAGCGCUGGCCACCGCGAGAGUCCUCUAAUGGAGGUGGAGGAGGAGGAAAGACGCUCUCCACACGAUCAUGUGGAUCGGUGUGUUCCCGAGAGCUUCUUUGAUCGCGUAACGCAAGGGUUACGCGACGAUCUCGAGCAUGAGCGGAAUAGGCGUCUCCAGAUGGUGGACACUGCCUCGAAGCAUCGAGCUGAGUUUGCCUUUGCUCAGCUUGAGAACGAGAGAUCUCUGACAUCUCUUCGUGACGAGCUAAGGGUAGCUCGUGGGAUUGUUGAUCGGUCUCGGGCUGAGAUAACUGCUCUUCAGACCCUUGUUGAUGCCCACCAUCGGGAGCACAAGGCUCUCUGCGAGAUGCUUGAGCGCAAGGGCGUUCUUCAUCGGAAGAAGCAGCGUACUGAUGGUACGGCUUAA